AACAGAAGAUAAACUUAAACUGAUUUUAAUUAGAAACAGUCUUAUGUAGAAGUAAUUUGAAAAUCUGUUAUGAAUUUUGGACAUUAAUUUUUUAACAUUUGAAUGUAAUACAUUUCGUUUAGAGACUAUUUAAGCAGUUUAUAGCCCAAGACUGUUUUCCCAUUGAUAAAUAAAUCUUCGGUCUUCAAUUAUUUUAAAAUCCUUUUUCAGUUAGCAUGAGCUCUUAAGAGACAAAUUUGCUAUUGUACACAUUGUUUCUUUUAUAUAGUGUCUUGCUAACUUGGUCAUAAUCUUUAGUAACCUUGUGCUGUGACUAAGGUAUUUGGACCGUUGGGGCACUUCUAUGAUACCAUGCAUUUUGUGUCAAUAAAUAUAUUUUAACAAAAAGAAACCUUAACAAUUGACCCUAAAAAGCAGUUGUUAAAUGUUAAUCCCCAGGUAUCUACUCUUUUGUGGUUGUUGUUACUGUUAAUAAUAAUGCCUUUAUGUAUUUUGUGUAGCACUGUCUUGCUUGCAUUUGUUAUUAAUCAUACAGUUUAGGCCCUUUGUAAAUAGCUCACUGAAGGUAGUGUUCAUCAUAAGAGAACUUCAGUAUUUUGAAAAGCAUGCCAUAAUACAGUAAGAAUAAGUUGAUUACAGUAUUUACUUAUAGGUACUUGUUGAAUUUAGAAAACAGAUUUUUGGGAUUUCUCGUUGCUUUAUUAUUUUUCUAGCUAGAAAGAGUAGUAAAAAGGGCAUGUUAGCUUUGGUUUAGUUUGAGAAACAGACCAACAGCAGAGAUGAAAAAGAUGAGGAGACUGGAAAAUAAAUGCCAAUAGUAUUGGUGGUAGAUUUGGAGAGUUUUCAUUUGAAGAGUUGUAGUUCAUUGGUAGGAUGAAAAUCAACAGUGAACAUGGAAUGGCCGGAAGAUUAGGGUUUAUAAAUGGACUCUUCUGUUAGGCAACAUUUUUCUUUGUGAGAACUGAUUAGGAAAAUAAGUAAAGUUCUAAUUUACUGAUUGUUCCUUUUAACCUAUCUUAGGGUUUUCAUGAUGGUUAGCUUGCUUUCAAAUAUCUAGACUGGAAGGUCUUAACCUGUGGCCUCUCAAAAGCUCUAUAAAUCUCUGUAUACAAAAUUUUGUGUUUGUUUUCAUUUUGGUAUGGAGUAUCUUUGUAAGUUUUAUCCUAUUUUCAGAGUAGUCACAGGACCAUAAAAGGAUUAAAGAAGGAUUAAAGAACCCUGAUCUAGAUCUUUGCUGCUUCUUCCUUAGAGAAUCCUUUCAGAAAUAAAGUAUCUCUGAAGAAUGGACAGAAUUGCCCUGGCUAACUACAAGCUACGGUUCACAGUGGAUAAAUGUUGGCGUGCUUUUUUACUUUCUGACUUUUUAAAAUUUUGCUUUUAUAUCUUGUAGUUUCCAAUCAAUCUUAUAUGAUUGCUAUUUUAAAAUUCAGUAUAAAAUCUUUUCUUAUAUAGUUUAAAACUAAAGUGUGUGUCUACUGUUUUUCUUCAAUGAUUUAGCAUUUCUGAAAACAUCAAGUUCUCAAAAUUUACCCAUAGUCCAAAAGGGGGGUGUCAAUUGAUCUGAGAAAAUGAAGUAAUUUAAUUAAUUUAGGAAAUAUACAGCUUUUCAUUCUUUCAGUUUCCAGUUUUAUAUUUUAAUUUUUUAAUGAUUAGGUAGUAUGUGGUAUCAAAUAGAAAAUUAUAAAUUGCAUGGUUAAAGAAAGCCAUUCAUCUAAUGUGCCUGUGAACCCUAUAAAUGGUUAAGCAAUUUCAUAUGAAUAGCUGCUUUUACCAUGCUUAAGAUUUGAAAGUUUAAAAACUUUUUGAAGUGGGAGGCAGUUUUUGUACAGUAUAUACAUAUAUGUUUAAGUAGUUAUUGAUUUGCAUGUUUAUAAAGCCUCGUUUGCUAAUACAUGAUAAAUGUUAUAGAAUAAAAAGGUGAAUAUUCAUUAAAGGUUCAUUUUAAUGAAGAUGAAACAUAAAAAUGAGUUGUGUAUGACAUUCUCACUUGAUACACAGAGGAGAGUGUGUAAACCUAAACUUCUGAUUAUUUCUGAUUUCAGAGAUGCCAGAGUGGUAAAAGACAUGGCAACAGGGAAGUCUAAAGGAUAUGGCUUUGUCUCCUUUUUCAACAAAUGGGAUGCCGAAAAUGCCAUUCAGCAGAUGGGUGGCCAGUGGCUUGGUGGAAGACAAAUCAGAACUAACUGGGCAACCCGAAAGCCUCCAGCUCCAAAGAGUACAUAUGAGUCAAACACCAAACAGCUGUCGUAUGAUGAAGUUGUAAAUCAGUCUAGUCCAAGCAACUGUACUGUAUACUGUGGAGGUGUCACUUCUGGACUGACAGAACAACUAAUGCGUCAGACUUUUUCACCAUUUGGACAAAUAAUGGAAAUUCGAGUCUUUCCAGAUAAAGGAUAUUCAUUUGUUCGGUUCAAUUCGCAUGAAAGUGCAGCACAUGCAAUCGUUUCUGUUAAUGGAACUACCAUUGAAGGCCAUGUUGUGAAAUGCUAUUGGGGCAAAGAAACUCUUGACAUGAUAAAUCCUGUGCAACAGCAGAAUCAGAUUGGAUAUCCACAAGCUUAUGGCCAGUGGGGCCAGUGGUAUGGAAAUGCACAACAAAUUGGCCAGUAUAUGCCUAAUGGUUGGCAAGUACCUGCAUAUGGAAUGUAUGGCCAGGCGUGGAAUCAACAGGGAUUUAAUCAGACACAGUCUUCGGCACCAUGGAUGGGACCCAAUUACGGAGUGCAGCCACCUCCAGGACAGAAUGGCAGCAUGUUGCCUAAUCAGCCUGCAGGGUAUCGAGUGGCAGGGUAUGAAACCCAGUAAAAAAGGACUCCAUAAUCUAAAGCCAGUGGCUUGAGGCUACAGGGAGUGUAGUAAAGCCGUUGUUUACUUAAAAGAUUUAUCAAAUCAGUCAGUGCAAAUGUCAGAUACAAUGUAUUUAUUUAAAAGAUUCAUUUUUUUAAUCAUGAAAUUACUUAUCAUCCACAUUGUUUUAAAAAGAAACAAGAUGCUGGAUGUCUGCCAAUUUUUGCCUUCAUUACCUUUUUUGAUAAAGUUUCUCAGAUCCUUGUUUCAAAUACAAAUGCAGGGAUUGCUGCCACUUUUUUAAAAUUAAGAGGCAGAAAAUUGCACAAUGUUGAACUUUUUUCCACUAAAGUAGUGUGCAGUUCUAGUUUGCAUUCCUGAUAUGAUUUAAAACAUGUAAUAUAAAGAUGUUAAAAAAAAAUGAAGAACCAAAACUGUGCAGAGUCUAGAAGUUCUUUGUAAUCUUCAGCUUGUGCACAAUUCUGUUUUAGGGGUUUUUGUUUUGUUUUUUGUUUUUAAGGCAUUGUUUGAACUCUCCCAUCUCCACUGUUUUCCCUUGGGGUUUUUUAAAUAUAAAUUAUUAGUUUACAUCAUUUUUGUAACUACAUUUUUCACAAAUUUGUCUUGCCUUAUUAAAUUUCUGUAAAAUAUACUUAAAUGGAAAAAAAUGAUGUUCACUUAGUUUGAAAACUUUUCUCAGAUGGAUUGAUAAUUGCAUUCAUUUUGUGUUUUAUAUGAGAAGGUGCCUCAAGAAUUCCCUCUUGGAUUUGUUUAAAAGGAUUUUUAUCUUCUGUGAUAUACUUUGCUGUGUACCAGGAAAUAUAAAAACAAAAACUUGCUACUAAAGAAAAUCUCUGAAAUGUGAUAAGUUCUUAUGAGCCCGUGUUAAUUCCAUGUGUCAACUUCUACAUUUACAUGUACUGUUUCAUUCUGUAAAAUGUUUUAGCAGUUUAAUAUUUUGCACAAUUAGCAAGCUUUGUAGGUCAUUUCCUUCUUAAAGGCAUCCUGCAGAGUUGACAGAUUUAUAAGGUUCUAAGUUGUUUGCAUGUGAAUAUCAAAUACACACUUUGGUAGUCUUUGAAUACAAAGUCAUCUGCUCUUGUUUUUCAAGAAUUUUGAGACACAAAGUUGUAUGUAAAGGAAGAUAUUAAUUUGCCAUUUUCUAGUUAUAUUUACUCAAAAAGAGUGAAUCAAUUUGUACAAAUGAUAGCUGUGAAACUGUAGAAUAUCCUACAUCAGGCUUGGGGUUCAUUUUGAACUUCAAAAUUAGCCUGAAGGACCAGCCGGGCAAAGUGUUUUUUAAAUGUUCAGAGGCCAAAAGAUAAACAAACAAAAAAAAACCUUAAAAUCCUACCUCCUUAAACAGCCUUCAAAGAGGAGAAUCCUCAGUGCAAUCAUUAUUUUGAUUCUUUUGGUACCUGUUUUCCUGGAGUUCCCAAUUUUAUUAUUUUGGGGUGGCUCCGAGCAUUAAGAGGUUUAAUCUUUGAUGGCAUUAUUCUAGUUUUGAAAUUUCUAGUACAUUUCAGAGUGUCGUCAAAGAGUUGUGGGAGAUUUUGUUUUGUUUUCAGUGAAAGUCACAAACUUCAUUCUUCCUUGACUCACAAAGGGGAAGAGUCCCCAAUAUACAUAUUUGGAUGGUUCCGUUGUUUUUAAGACCUUCAGAGAGCUCCUAGUAUUUAGCAACAGAUAAAAGCCUGUGAAAUCUUGGUUUCCUGAACUGUCUUUUCCAGGUAGGAGCAAAUUAAGGUGGUCUCUAAAGCCAAUACUCAUGUAAACCAGAGCCCAGGAAAGACAACUCAUAAGUGUAUAAUUCUCUGGAGCUCAAUUCUAUGCAGUUGUACUGAUGUUUCAUUAAGUCACUGUGUAUUUUUAAGUGUUGAUACAUUAAAAGUUGCUUUAUGGAAGAUGAGUAAAUUUUUUAAAUACUUGGGAAUUUUAUUUCCUUGUUAAAUUUUACAGAUCAGGGCAUGCAACCAGAAGCAGCUUAAAUGAAAUACUCAAAAAAAUAAAUAAAUAAAUUAUCAGGAAACUAUUUUUAGAUUCUUCUGGCUUAUGUUUCUAUUUUAGGACCCUCGUUAUUUUUCUUACUCAAAAAUACUUUAUUUCCUGUACACCUGUGGACUGCAGGGUAAAUUAUUUGGGCAUAAGUAAUUUAAACAAAAGUAUAAUUUUCAUUUUGACUAUCUUAAUAAUACUUUUUACUAGUCAGUAUAUUUUCUUAUUGCACAAGUCUUAAAGUGUACAUUGACUACUUUUUGAGAAGAAAGUGGUAUUUCUCAAAAAGUUACUACUGAACAAAUUGACAUUUCAAGAACAUUGCUAACUUUGGUUUAAAUCUUACUCCUAGUGUUGAAUCAUUUAAAGAUUUUUUAGCCUAAAAAUCAUACUGGUAUUAGUAUCAGGUAAGGAAAUUAAAGUUUUAAAAAUGGCUUCAUUGUCUGCAAUAUUCAUUCAGAUUACUAUAAAAUACAUCUGGUACUGUAAAGAACCUGAAGUGAUACACAUUGAAUGGGUCAUUAAUCCAGUAUUCUUUGCCCUGACUGUUUGGAUAUUAAAGUUCCUUUAUGUUUUCUAUAA